CUCAUAAUGGUAUUCGUAAUAACCCAACACCAUUAAUAAUCGUCAAAUACGCAUAAUAAUAGCCAGCGCAGUCGUCGAAGGGUUUAUCGACAACUACAGCCGGCCGAACUGGUCCGCUCCUUCUUCUCCCUUCUUGCUCACCUCACUCUCCUCCUCCCUUUUUCUUCGGCAUUAUUGUUCUCCCCCCGCGCCUCUGACCUACUUGCUACUUGAUGGCCGUCGUUGUAAUCCCGAAACUUCGACCCCGUGAAGACAGGAAGACUGCUUGAUUUGUGUACCGCCGACCACGCCGCAGCUCGAUUGUUGUGCAGCUCGCCUGACACGUUGAGAGCAGGCGCACAUCGUGAUGACCUUGCGCAGUAUCGAGCGCCAAUAUUCGCUCAGUCGAAUUUGAAUAUCCAUCCAGUGCCGUACUGCCGCUCGCCGGUCGCCGCUUUGAGUCAACCCCGGCGUUGAUGAACACACAAUGGCGACGUUAGGCUCGCCUGAGAUGUCGCCGAAACGGCGUCCCCGGACAUGGGCGAGAAAAAUCGAACGACUGUGUGUUGUCUUUUUUGGAUACGUGCCGUUAGCAUUCGUGUAUGGCUUGUCCACCUGGGCGGUCUGGGUUGAGGCUGGCGUUGGCUUUCUCCCUAAUAAAAGCACCUGGAUAGGCUUCCCCAGCUCCACGAUAGGCAUUCUUUUGUACAUACUACUCAAUCUUUCGUAUACAGUCGCUGUAUUUACAGAUCCUGGCUCACCCGUUACUUCGAGCUCCCGAAGUAGUGGUCGGGGCCAAUAUAGCCAUCUUCCGACGACCGAGUUGCCCGAAUACCAAAGCUAUACUGUGAAUUCGCAUGGUGGUGCAAGGUUCUGCAAGAAAUGCCAAUGCCCCAAACCCGAUCGGACCCAUCACUGUUCAAGUUGCAAGCGAUGCGUUUUAAAAAUGGACCAUCACUGCCCGUGGCUGGCCACGUGUGUUGGGCUACGGAAUUAUAAAGCUUUCUUACUAUUUCUAAUCUAUACCUCUGUAUUCUGCUGGGUUUGCUUCGGCACAGCCGGCCUUUGGGUGUGGGAUGAGGUGUUGACCGAGGUGUCAUAUAUCGAUACUCUCAUGCCAGUCAACGUUAUCUUACUAGCUGUCAUCGCCGGUAUCAUUGGCUUGGUAUUGAGUGGUUUCACAGCCUGGCAUAUUAGCCUGGCAAUGCGUAACGUCACCACAAUCGAAUCGUUGGAGAAGACACGGUAUCUGUCUCCUCUGCGCAAUGCUUUGGAUCGACAUCGUUCUGACAACCACACCACCAACGACCAUAAUUCUAGUAUAGGACCAGGUGACGACAGUUUCGGUCAUCGGCUUCAGGGUUAUGGACAACAAAUUAUCGAAGCGCAUGCCAAUGCGAUCCCAGGCGUCACUCGCGUGGAAGAAGGUGAGGAGCGACAAUCUCCUCCGGCUGAGAACCGCGGUAGCCAGCAACAGGAUUAUGUAUCGUUUCUACGAGAAUCAAAUACAAAUGGAACUCCAGCUCAGCAGGCGCUCCAUCGUUCGUACGAAGAAUCGGAAAGGCAGCGAGAGCGGGAUAGGUACGAGGAUUACCUUGACUCCAAGGAUAACGAAACCAUGCCAAACCCAUUCGACCACGGUUGGCAGCAGAACUUGAGGCAUUUAUUCGGUGAUAACCCGCUUCUAUGGGCUUUGCCAAUCUGCAACACGUCAGGUGAUGGCUGGUACUGGGAGCCUAGCGCCAAGUUUCUCGAAGUAAGAGAACGUAUUCGCCAAAAUCGAGAACAGGAAUGGUCGAACUGGUUGGAGCGGCAACGCCAACAAAGCUACGAGUACUGGGUGAAUGGCACGCAUCAGAGACAAGCUCCCACCAAGCCAGUGUCAAUACAGCGCCAUGGAAAAGGUGGGCAGAAUGGCGUUUUAGGCGCAUCGUUCGACCGACCAGGCACAGGUGUCUCGAUGAAAACUCUACGGCCCAUGUCACCACGCAUGCAGCACGACGACACUGAUGGUGAGAACUAUGAAACGAGCUCCGACGAAGAUCGCCCAAAACAUACAAAGCGAGGAGGCAAUAAAGCCGAACGAGUCCUCGGCAUCUCGCGAGACCAGGCUGGAAGCUCGAGGGACGAAUGGCGUGACUGGGACUAAAGUGGCAGCACAUAUUAUUGGGAUAGCUGUUGAUAUAUUUCAUCGAAGAUUUGCUCGGCGUUCGUUGCGGUUUGCAUAUAGGGACUCGUAGAUCAUCAGUAGCUUUGGAAUAUGUAACUAUGGGAGUUUAGUCGCCACUGCAGGCGAACACAAUAUUUGCGUGAAAUUAAAAUGACGAUGGAAUGAGUGGCGUGUAUUUUAUUAUUAAUAUCAUCAUUAUCAUUAUUAUUAUUGAUUA